CAUCAGCGCCUCUCGUCCUUAGCAGAUGCCCCCGCCUUGGCUUCAAUCGCAACGACCGCCGUCGUGGCGAGGCCAAGACACAAUUAUCAUAACCACGGUCUACGCCAGUUCCAAGACUUUAAAAUCCCGAUGUUUCCGUAUUUCUGGUCAGCACCAAGAUCCAGUCCGCACCGCGGUAACAACUGUUACCGUGGUCUUGGUAGUGUCACUGCCACCAAGAGGAACCACCAACAGCUGUUCAGCGAAUCGAUCCCGAAGAAAACGCGAAAGAUCGUCAUCGAUGGGCCUGGUAGACAUGAGUACAUGACGUCUCUCAGUCAUUUAUCAGACCUAUAAUGCUCAUUAUGUUGGCGUUUAUUCAUUAUUGGUAGACAUUGACAAUAAGCGACGGCUUUUUGUAUCCGAAUUCCACACGUCAUAACACUUCUGAACGAAACACGAGUUGCUCCUAUAUCAGUAUGAUUUUGGGUGGUUUUUUAAUAUGUACACAAUAAUUUGAUUAGUAUAGGCACCUGAUUUUAUUUAAAUAUAUUUUUGAAUAUUCUUAUGAAUA